AUGUGUGCUCGCCACUCUCUCCUCUCGAAUGCUACGUUCUAUGGUAUUCUCGUUCGUGAUGGGGUCACCAAAUCUUCGUUUAGCAAGCCACUCGCCGACGGGCUCGAAAUCUACUUUCAUACCCUGGCGGGGUUCGAUUUCUUCCUCGCGGAGAUGUGGGUCGACCGGGUGUUCACCCCGUUGAUACACAUUGUUAUGUCUCCACCAGGACCAACCAAGAGACAUUGCAAAGGACUCACAGCAAUCGUCCGCUACCUGCCUCCAGUCCCUGUUGUCGCUCCCCGCCUUCGGCCGAAUCGGCUCACCGCUACUCAGCAAGACAAGCAACUUGAAGCUCGGGGCUGCAAGCAACGCAAAGAACACAGACCACCGCAUCCAAGUUCCUGUUUGCGCUUUCGUUCAACGACCCAUGAAGUCUUUUGUGCUCAACUUCAAACUCUUCCCCUGUCAAUGCUCUUCGACGUGGCUACUCACCUGCCUCGCACCGCUCUCGACGACCUUCUCAAACUGGAGCCACUGUGGUAUAAUGGUGUAAUGGACUGUGGACAGACCCUCUUUGCUCGUGAUCUUAUGUCUGUCUUUUCUCUGGCUUCACCCACAAUCUCGAGCGGGGAUCUCACGCUCCUGCGGAAUGCGACCUGCGACCACACUUGUCGAAUGACGCAGUUAGCCGAUCUUCUCAAUGUUCCUUCGCUGGGUAUAUCACACAAGCUCGACUUGGCCGCCAUCUACUUCUUCAUUGCCAAUCACGAACGAGAUAUUCCGCCUGAACAAACUUGGUUGUGGCAAGUCUCAAGGCCAGCUCGCUUAAUUGCCAAUGGCAGGGAGAAGAACAUUCGGUCCCAGACGGUUGCAAGUGGUGGGACUCUGGAUGUCUUGAGAACUUUGCGUCUUCUGGGAGACCGGGGUGCUCGUGACCGGAUGGAUUGGACUAGCGCGCCGUUUCAAGUUACUGGCGGUCUAACAUACAGUCCAGCACCGUUGGGUUCUGACACUAGACGGCUCUUCGGGGGUUUCGGAUUCUAG